UACUUUUUGUAGAUUCAUGAAAUCUUAAUGGGGUUUCCAUGCUAAGAGAGCGGCUGCUACAUAUAAAUGUCGUCACUUUAUCUGAAAUCGCGCCCACGCUCGUAUCAAGAAACGUAAUGAAUUAAACUCAGUCUCAGUCGAGUGGCAGAGAUGAACGAGGAACCGCAUGCCCAUGAAAAGCUUGUGGCCAAGGCAAGGCGACAUGAUCCUGAAACUGCCAGCAGUAGCAGCGCGGAGAGCCAAAUCAGUUCCGUAGAGGCAGCUAUUGCGGCGGACCCUUCCCACGGGGAGCCAUCAGUCGUCCAACCGAUGACUAUCUAUCUGCUGGAGCCCUUUAUAUUGAUUCUGCUAUUCGGCUACAAUUUCUCGUCCACCGUAUUGAAGAACCAAAUAAUCUAUCAAAGCUGCACGGCUGGAUUCGGAUACUCGGAUAAGGUCUGCCUGCUCCUGGGCACCAAGAAUGCCACAAACGAGACGAAGAGAAUCGAAGAAGAGGUGCAGCCCUAUGCAGCUCGGGUCGUUGUAGUCAUGACGAUUGUGGAGUGCAUUAUUCCGGCGUUCUGUGGCCUCUUUGCCGGAGCCUGGGCAGAUCGCUACGGACGCAAGCCGCUCUUGAUGUGCUCCUUUCUGGGCUACGGCCUGCAGUAUCUGAUUUCAGCUGGCGUUGCCUAUGCAGCCAUCCACAGUGAUGGAAUGGUCAGCCCCUGGUGGUACGUGCUGUCGAUCGUCCCCCUAUCGUGCCUGGGCAGCAGUGUCACCUACUCCGUGGCCGCCGUAUGCUUUAUAGGGGAUGUGUCCGAAGGAAAGGUUCGAUCAUACAGAAUGAUUGCCUAUGAGCUGGCCAUAUAUGUGGGUCUCCUCCUGGGCAGCUUCGGCUCUGGCUACGCUUACGAGGCUACCAAUGCGUACGUUGUCCUGAGCAUAUCCGCUUGCUUCAUUUUCGUUGCUCUAUUUCUGAUGAUCGCUCUGCUGCCAGAGAGUCUUCCCAGAAGGGAGCCCCUUGCAUCAUCUGCUCAGGCGACAGAAGACAGAGAUGUGCUUGCAUUGCUGAGGGAUUUGUGGACCAGCUGUAGCAGACACCGCGCCUUCAAGGAUCGCUCCAUUGUGAUCCUGGUUAUGUUGGUCUUGAUGCUAGCGGCCUUUGUCUCUGCUGGCAGCAACUCGGUGUUCUACAUGUUCAUGAGAGCCAAGUUCCAUUGGACCGUGAAGGAGUUCACCGAGUACGAGUCGGUCAGCAUCCUGGUGCCUGCUGUGGCUGGUUCUGGCGGCAUGCUAUUCAUUUGGUCCCUGCGAAAGUGCACCAGCUCGGCGAUUCUCUGGCUGGCCAUCAUCUCACUCCUGAGUCACUCGACUAGCAGUCUGAUGCAGUCCUUGGCGGCGGUGAGCUGGCAAAUCUAUGUCGCCAUUGCCUUGGGCGUAUUCAAGUCCCUGGUGAAUCCCAUGUGCCGCACCAUUAUCACCAAUCUCUUGCCGGCCGCAGAGAGAGGCAAAAUCUUUGCUCUGCUGGGCAUACUGCAGACACUAUCCCCGCUGAUAUCCUCGAGCCUUUAUUUUGCGAUCUACACCCGGACAUUGGACAGUGAUCCGGGGAUAUUCAAUCUGCUAAGUGCUUGCCUAUACGGCCUUGGGAUAGUUCUCCUCAUUGUUGUGUGGCACAAAAAAUCUACAAAUCGGGCGUACUACGAUCCGAUUUUCAAGUGAAUCAGCGAAUCUCUUGUGGUUUUAGGCCACAGCUAAAAUAUAUCUGCCAAUAUCUGCCAGUCAUUCCAAACUUUCGAAUAUAAAUAUACACAGAAAUGCUAGCGCCGGGUGCUCCCCCCAAAACGGGAUAUUACCAUAACAAAUACUCAGCCAUAAAUCAGUUGGUACCUACUUAUUUGCAUAUUCGAGCUGAACAGUUGAAAUGUGUUAAUUUGGCAACUACCCAUCAUUCGACAUCGAUCUUUCCCUCUGUGCGGUGGAAAUUUUUGUAUAAUUAAAAAACUCAUAACAACGAUUUUCCCAUUAACAAAUAUGUGGGUUAUUAUACAUAUAUAGCACCAAAAUGUUGCGGCGUGUGCGGUGUCAUUUGACACACCUGACGGAUCUAUAAACAUAUUAGGAAUAUGUACAUAUACAUACAUAUGUACAUAAUGUGUGCACAAUAUAGCAACGGAACUCCCCAUCGAUUGGUGCUAACUCUAGCUUUAAUCAAAUACUAAUUUUGUUUUGCUAAUUUUAAAUUAGUCGCCCAGUUUUUUACACCCUUGAUUAAGAUCGGCUGAGAGCGCCCAACCAAAACAAUACACAUGCUACAUACAUAUAUUUAGAAGAAAUUAAAAUAAAAUGCUACUCAUUUUGAUGCCCCAACAGAGCGCAACGAAAUCCCUGGAAUUCAGCAUGGCAAGCAUCAUUGCCAUCAAAUGAAUUUAAAUUAAUAUUUAACCAUCGUCCAAAAAUUAUGGCCAAAAAUAACUAGGCACGUUAUAACCGAUAUAACCGAUAUCACAAGAUACAAAUAGACUAUACCAAAUCUAUAUAAACACAUACAUACAUACGAGUAUGUGUGUAUUUAUGUAGCUAUAAAUAUUAUUUACCGAUCUAAACAAAAUCUUGGAUCAUCUCUGAAAAUCUUGAACUUCUUUAACUAUUAAAGUGAACACCCAUCAUGAGUAUAUUAAAUAAAUAAAAGAAAACAUAAACACAUUUGUAAUGUGU